GUGCAAGGUAAUUCCUGUUGAAGUGUACAAGUAAAAAAAUGGAACAAAACAGACUCUUUCUUUUAUUAUUUUUUAGGGGCUAAAAGGGGAUCCAGGGGAGAAGGUAAGUUUUUCAGUAGCUCAGUGUGUUGAGGAGUUAGAUGUGCUUGUGCCACACAUGUCUGCUGCCUGAAAUUUCACCAUCUGUUCAUCUGCUAUAGGGAGAUGUUGGUUCCGUAGGUCAAAAUGGUCUUCCAGGACAAAAGGUACUCCAUUGAACAUAAUGGUGCUGGAGGUCCAUUGGGAUUUGAUUUUUUUUUUAAAAUUCAGAUAUGUUGUGCUACUUUCUACUACAGGGUGACAGAGGGCCAAAAGGUGAUCAAGGUGACAGAGGAUUGAAAGGAGAUCCAGGCCUCCCUGGAAUAGUAAAAAAUAAAGGUCCCCGAGGCCUUCCUGGACUACGUGGGCCUCCUGGUAUUCCUGGCCCCAUUGGUCUUCCAGGACCACCGGGACUUUCUGGGACCUGUGGAGAUGCAAUGCCUUCUGAACAUCUUCAUCCUUCGGGAUUGCCAGGACCAUCUCUACCUUGUGACUGUCCUAAACUCCCUGGAGCACCCGGUCCUCCUGGUCUUCCUGGCCUUCCAGGCCUUCCUGGCCCCCCAGGACCUUUUGUUCCUUCUGGAGCCCCAGUCAUUUCUGAAACUUGUCACAGUGCCUGUAUGGGUGAAAAGGGGGAGAAAGGAGCACAGGGACAGAAGGUUUGAUUCUCUUCCUCCUAGUUGUAUUACUGUGUAGAUCCCAAGUGUCCCAAGCCUCAGAUGACAGAGAGUAGCUCAGAGUCUCACAAGGCAGUGAUACCAUCUGUGCGUCAAGGCUUUUUGUGACCGCACUGAAAAAUAAGCAGUAAAUCUGAAAGUCUGCUGCACUCUCAUGUAUGCUGCAUACAGGCUGGAAGUCACAUUGUUGAAUUUCAUUUCCAGAGUGACCAAGGGAAGGGUAGACCUCUUAUUCCUGGACCAAUAGGGCUUCCAGGAUCUCCAGGACCUCCUGGACCUCCUGGACCUCCUGGGAAACAGAAAAAGUGUGCUCCUGGCCCCCCAGGUCCUCCGGGUCCUCCAGGGCCAGCAGGACCUCCUAGAGGCCUUUACAGCUCGAUGGUGUACCCGGUACCUCGCAGACCACACUGUAAAAAGGCAGUAAGGCUUUCCUUUGCAUGAAUUCAUUCUGAGUACAAGGUAGCUGAGUGAUGCUCUCACUUCUUCAGCAGCUCACCACUUCCUCUUCUUUGUCUUCCGCAGGCAGCCAUUACCAAGAAACACAGCUCAGAAAUGAAAAAGAGUGAAAAUGAAGAGAAUGAUGACAUUUCCUUCCCCAAGGCAGCAGAGGAAGGUCCUGGGUCACGUAAUCCCCGUGAAUAUCUAAGGAACGGUCAACUCCCCAACUUUUCUCACCUUGGCUCACCAUCAGAUCUGCAGGAAGCUGAGAUCAGCCAUGGAGCACAGAGCCAGGAGAUCAAGCUCCACACCUGGGUGUUUGAAUCCACCUCAGCGCUGCUCACCUCAUCUCCCAUUAUCCCUGAAGGCAGCAUGGUAUAUAUCAAGCAGGAGGGCUCUGUCUUUGUUCGAAUUGCAGACGGCUGGCAGCAGCUCAAGCUGGAACGGGUCUUCAAGGAUCCAGAUACCAUACCUGAAUCAUUCUUAUCUUCUGCAAAACCUCUGACCAAACCAGACCUGAAGCCUGUUCCAACUCCAGAGACCAGUCCUCCAGUGGUGGCACAUACUCAUGGGCUGCGUCUUGUCGCCCUUAACGCUCCCCUGUCUGGAGACAUGUCUGGGAUCAGGGGGGCCGAUCUUCAAUGUUAUCUCCAGGCCCGGGAGGCCAGACUCCAUGGAACUUUCCGAGCUUUCCUGUCCUCUCCCACUCAGAACUUGCUGUUUCUGGUCAAGCAGUCUGAUAGGACACAGUUUCCUAUUCUCAAUUUAAGGGGUCAAAGGCUUUUCCCAAGUUGGUCAUCUUUGUUUUCAGUAAACGGGGCACAACUAGGUGCCAACAUCCCUUUGUACUCAUUCAAUGGAGUUAAUGUUCUUCAGGACCCAUUUUGGCCUUACAAAGCAGUCUGGCAUGGGGCCACACUUCUCGGCAAAUCGGUGCCCUGGCAGACAUGCGAUGACUGGCGAAGAAGCACCAGGACAGGUCUGGCUGGUACACUUCAGGGGGGCAGUUCCUUCCUGACAAGUCGGCCUGUCGCUUGUAGCACUCCGCUGAUUGUGCUGUGCAUCGAGAACGCCUAUCCAUACAGUUACAUGUGGUGAGGCCCCCCUGACAAUGACGACUGCAUCAGAGACGCCAUUUAAUGUGAGGUGACCACAAGGACACUUUGGGGAGGAGUGACCGGCACGUCUUCUGGUUACAGCACGUGGUGUUAACACGCAGCCCUCUGUUGAUGCUCCACAGUCUUAACAGGCUUUCCUUGCAAGUAUGGAGACAUCUGCACCUCUGAAGGUGCAAUAAAUCCAACAAUUCAGAAUUUUAGGAAGAAGAAACAAAGCCAAAGUUUUCAAUGACAUCACAGGGAAAGAUUAUGUGAAGCUUUUGAAUGGACGAGACUUUUCGAGCACAAGCUCCUUCUGACUUCCACUGGGGGAUGCCAUGCCAAUUAAAUUAAAUUAAACACUUCACAUGGCACAAAUGAAUGAUGUCUCUACCUAAUGGGGUCAUAAAACAAAGGGAAUGCUGCUGCCUUCAAUGGAAACAGCAUUAAUAAUGAUCAUCUAGCAAAACAAAAUAUAAAAUAAAGAUGUCACUACUUACCAGAAACUCAAUAAUUUAAAGCUU